GCUAGCAACCGCUUGCGCCGCUUGUUCAAGCUGUAAGAGCUCGUCAGUGGACUUCCGAAUCUCACAAGAGGGGCGUGAAGCAUAAAGGAUAACGCCGGAUUUCCUUUUACAAGAGUUAAAAUGCCUCGUCGAAAAGCAGCGGAGGCUGAAAGUUCGCAGAAGGCAGCACCCGGCAAAAGGAAAAAGGAAGACGCCGCUAGUACUGCUCCUUCAGCCAAGAGAUUGAGGGUGCAUAAAGAAGAGGUGUCGGUGGAGCGACGCAGUAGCACCGGCAACGUCUACACCGUCGGGCAAGGUGACGUUGGCCAGCUCGGGUUGGGGCCGGAUGUGAUGGAGUUGUCACGGCCCACUCUGGUUCAAGACUUGAAGGACGUGGUGGAUGUCGUGGCGGGAGGCAUGCACACGCUGUGCCUCACAGCUGACGGCAAGGUGUGGUCGUUUGGGUGCAACGACGAGGGCGCCCUUGGUCGCCAGACGUCGAGCCUUGACGGGAGCGAGACGACGCCGGGAAUCGUGGAGCUCCCGGAGCCAGUCGCACAAGUGACGGCGGGCGACUCCCACUCUGCUGCACUAACAGUGUCCGGGAAGGUCUUCCUGUGGGGCAACUUUCGGGAUUCCCGAGGACAGAUGGGCCUCAUCACGGCAGGAAAGGCCGAGCCGGAGCCGAAGUUGGUCGUCUCCGACAUUGUGCAGAUUGCCUCUGGCAGCGACCACGUGGCGAUGCUGACGGCGAAGGGCGAUUUGCUGACCAUGGGUUGUGGCGAGCAGGGCCAACUGGGACGGUUGCCCGCACGAACUGCUCCGCGCAGAGCGUGCGCUGCCACACAGGAGUUACUCAAGCCCACCAAAGCCUACAUACCGAAACCUAAAGGUUGCAAGACGCGAGCCUUCGACGGGGUCUGGGCCGGAGCUUACGCCACUUUUGCGCGGCUACGCGAGACUGGCUGUCUGUACGGCUGUGGCCUCAACAACUACCACCAGAUGGGAGGACAGGCGCAGAGUUCGAGCGAAAAUGGCACAGUCAUUUCUGUUCCCCAGCCACUGACCUCGUGUGAAGGGCACAGGUGGAAGCUCGUGAGUGGUGGCCAGCACCACACGCUGCUCCUCAGCGAGGAAGGCACAGUCUUCUCGCUUGGCCGCAAGGAGUACGGCCGGCUUGGACUUGGGACGUCCACCCCGGCUGGAAACAAUGACCAGGACAAGCCCGCCCCAGUGCCUGGCCUCUCUGGCUGCGUGGACGUCUCGUGCGGAGAGGCAGUCUCAUACGCCAUUGACGGAGAAGGACGCUUGCACUCCUGGGGCUUUGGCACUAAUGGCCAACUGGGCCACGGCGGCGACGAUGACCUCUUCGAGCCAAAGGCCGUUGCGGGGAAGUUUGCUGGCAAAAAAGCGCUGGUCGUUUCCGGAGGUGGCCAGCAUGCCGUCAUACUCGCCACAUGAUAUAGGCCAUAAUUUUUCUAAGGGCAAAAAAAAAGUUUUUUUUUUACACUGCCAUCAAUUUUUUUUUAAUGAUUGACACAGGCACAACACUGAUUGAAAUUUUUAAUGGUUGGACACUCGCGUCUGGCCGAUGCUAUGAAGUUUUAUGAAAUAAAUUGUUAGCUCUGCAUUAA